CUGCGGAUUCUCUUUGGAACUAGAACGUUCCUCGUACCUUCUUACUAGGCCAAAGAUGUCGGAAGUUGUAGCAGGGAGAAGAACAGCCGAGAGCAAUGUCUCUACGGAUUUGGAAAAAAAUGCCUAUGACGAAGAACACUUUUCCAAGCAUACACCAGGCUACUUGAGGAGGGAGUUUGCCAUGAAGGUACUCAGCAUUGUAGGAAUGAAACUCCUGGUAUCUUUUGGGUUUAUGUUGUUUGUAAACAACGUUGAUUCGCUUAAAGAGUUCUUUUCUGAAAACCCGUGGCCUGGAGUUGUUGGUUUAAUUGCAUUUUUUGUCAUCUCCUUUGCGGUCCAAUGUGAAGCAUCAUGGAUAUAUCACUCAGUUAAUGCAUUCUUCACUCUAUUCACUAUGACUAUUUGUAUGUCACUAUUUUUGGCUACGUUGUGCGCCAGAAUUUAUCCCGUUGAACUUCUGAUUCUGGUUGGAGUUCUUGUCUUACUAUUGACAUCUUUAUUAUUUAUAGCCAUGUGCUCUGCAGUCGAUUUCUUAAGUUAUGCGCUAUUUGGCUACGUCUUUUUCAUAUCAACAUGUCUGCUUGGAAUCGCUGCGAUAAUCUUCAAUAAUAGGGCAUUUGGGGUUCUCAUUAGCGUAUUGCUUGCUAUGUUCAUGUCAUUUUGCAUUCUGUUGGAUAUUCAGCUAAUUGUGGAUGGUAGGAGCCAUAUUUGGACAAUCGACCAAUACGCCCAGGCGUCGAUUUGCCUAUAUAGCGAUAUAUGCAUGCUAUUCUUUGAUAUUGUGACUAUCGCAAAGUCAAAGUGAUACGAUCUGAUUUAUACAUGUGACUGGCACGAAUGACGGUAAAAGCGACCAGAAGAUAAACGAGUUCACGUGAAGUACAGAAGCAUAAAAUUGAAAUAUAGCACGAAAAUGGUGAUUCUUACAAAGUUUACAAUCGCAUGCAGCGUACAUUAUUGUGUAAUUAAAAUCUUAUAAACACCCGCCACAUACAAAUCUGCGUAAUUUUCGCAGUCUAGUUACUAAACAAGAAACUGGCGAUUAAAUUGUCUCUAUCGUC